AUGAAGCUCACAGAUUUUCCUUUUGCUCUGAAACCUCUCUUUGCAACACUAAUAGCUGUGAUAUUAGUUGAUAUUAUUAUCAAAAUCCGUGGCAUUAGAUUUUUUGACAAGAAACGGAAAUACCACAAUCUCGCUGGCACAGUCAUACACCAACUUUUCAACUUUACCAGGCUUCUGGAUUACAUGGUUGACCGUACAAACCAGAGCAAAACUUACAGGUUGCUCAGCUUCAUCAGAAGUGAGGUCUUCACUGCAAAUCCUGUUAAUAUUGAGUAUAUCCUCACCACAAAUUUCUCAAACUACGGCAAGGUAACUAUGAUCUAUGCAUAUUCCUUCCAUUUGCUAUCUCAUAACUGCAAAUUCUGUGAUAGUUAG